AUGAUUUAUGCGAAUAGUAGCUUAGAUGCGAAGAGUAGAGAGUUACUCGAUUUGCAUGAAAAAUAUAGACAGGAUUUAGUUGAUUGUAAAGUUGAUGGACAACCUCCAGCUAAAUAUAUGUCACCAUUGAAAUGGAAUUACAAUCUGGCUGCACAAGCACAAACAUUGGCGAACAAAUGCAUAUUGCAACAUGACAAACGUCAUUCGGAUGAAUUCGAUUGGGUUGGACAAAAUAUUGCUCUCCAUCCAACCAUUAAGUCUGGUAAUUGGAAUAGAGAGAAACCAUAUGAAGUGAAAUCACGUGAGUUGUGCCCACGUGCUGAAAAUACGAACAAUGCGAGGUUUGUUUCAUCAACAAUUGGUCAGUUGGAUGAAUUUACUGUAUCAAAUGUGUUGAAUGGGCAAACCAUUUCACUGGGUAUGGUUAAUAGUUCAAAUGAUGGAAAUCCUAUGAAUAUUAAAAUGUUUAAUAACACUUCAUUUGAGCCAAAUACAUUAAUGAAUGAUUCUAUUUGUUAUGAUAUUUUUCAUUGA